ACUAUAAACAGAUCUCUAGAGGAGCAAUGGAACUCAUGCCACCAAUGUUAUUGAAUUGGACUUGACAAACAUUACUAAGUAUUUGCCAAGAAAUAUUGUUUUAUUGUCAAUUGAGAAUAAAAUUGAUCUUAUGAGCUCAAUUUAAAAACAAAAGAAGAGCUACACCAACACAAUUAGGAGUGAAAAUAGAGGUCCAGACACUAUGUCACUCCCAUCAACACUGCUUGCAAUCUGCAGUGAGAGCACCUUAUAAAAAGACAGUAGUCGCUGUGACUGACGGCAGAAGACUAAAGGGGAAGCUGUGGGCAGAGUGCUGUGGGGGCACAAGGACUGCGGUGACAUCACUGAGCAACAGGCUGUGAUGCCAUCCAGCUUUGGGCGCUGGCAGAGCCUGGACCAGUCACUCUCGUGCCUGGACUCCUGCCGAGCAGCUGUGUGAGGCCUGGAGGUGCAACGAGGAUUUGACUUGUGUGUUGGGCUGUGCCCUGGAGACUGCGGGCAGCUAAUCUCAGUGCCCAUCUCUACAGCCAUCACCUGUAAUUCCCUGGUCUGCUUGGGUCAGGCAGCCAGGGCCCCAUGCGGUGCAUGUGCAGCAGCACAGUGCACAGCUUCCACCACUGAGGCGCUGGUGAGGGAGAGUGAUUCAUCUUCACUCCCCAUUAGGCCUCAGCGUGAAGACCAUGGCAGCAGAAGAGGCGUGGACAUGUCCCAUCUGCCGUGACGUGCAAAAGGACAUUGCCUACGCAGUACCGUGCCGUCACGCAUUCUGCCUCGGCUGCAUCCUGCGGUGGGCCAAGCAGAAAGAGACCUGCCCGCUCUGCAGGAGGACAGUGGCUGUCGUUAAGGUUGCUGCGUGGGACGACGACGACGACCUGGAUUUCAUCAUCCGUCCCCCAGCACCACCAGUACCUGCCUGCUUCCAGGCAGGCAUCGUUCCCAUCCACAGCCCCCACCACCAUGCACCAUCCCCUCCACCCUUUCUGCUGCUAACAGAGGAGCAGGAGGCUGUGGAGGCGGAGGACGGGCGUACGGUGGGCGGUCUCCUGCUCGAGGUCUGGGCAGCCCUGUUCAGGCAGCACCGGGAGAUCCUCGACCCCGUGCUGCCCUGGCUGCGCCAGGAGCUGCAAGACAUCUUUGGGACACAGUGGUGGGAGGCAAUGGCUGCCGAGAACCUCAUCCUGAACGCCCUGUGUGACAUCGGGCUGGACAGCGAGGCCCUGAUCCAGCUGCUGCGGCCUGCCCUGGGACACAGAGUGGAGACGCUCAUCCGAGGACUUGUGGACACCAUCGUGAGCCGGUGGGGUGAGGAGGCCCACGGGCAGCUGGGCCUCCAGGGCAUCCACGUGUCUGGAGGGCAGGAGGAGGGCCCUGCAGCCAGGGGGCAGGAGGACAGCUCUGUGGCCGCCCCUGGCCCCACAGCCUCCCCACAAGGGACCCUCGUGUCGAGGCCUGGACCCAUUGGCAGCACUGGAAGUCCCAACAGGGAGGAGCAGCCCAGCACACCAGAGGCUGUCCUUCCUGGGGAUCCCAGUCACCCCCAUGCUGCACGCAUCCCGAGGGAACACGAGGAGCCCCAUGAGGAGACGGAGCAGGUGGCAGCAGCAGGUCCCUCUGCCCAGGGCAGCAGCCCCUCCGCUCCUGGCCACUCGCCUGUGAGGGCCCGGCGGCUCCAUAAGAGGAGGGCUGGCAGUGACCUGGACCCACAGCAGCCCUGCAAGAGGCCGCCCCCUCGGAAGCACUAACAGGGAUUACACUUUAAUUGAAAAAAUAAAGUGGAAAAAAAAAGGUUACACAGAGUCACAGAGUUUUAUGGGUUAGAAGGGACCUCUACAGAGACCAUCAUGUUAAACCCCACUCCCCUCCUAAAGCAGGUUCCCUACUGUAGG